AUGGCGCCUCUCGCCCUCGCAUCACUGCUGUUGCUGUUGCCGCCGGCGCUGGCCCAACCUCGCCCGCCGCCGCCGCAGCUGUCGUUUGCUGUCCAGCAAACAGCGCCCGCCAGCUCCGAUGCUACCCUGAUACCCCUCAGUCCCGGCCAGUCUGCCCUGGACGCCAUCAUUGCCAGCUCUCCGCUGCUAUCGCUGCACCGCUCGCUGUGCGAGAUCGAGUCGAUCUCUAACCAUGAAGAAAACGCCGGCGACUUUUUGGUGGGCUACCUGCAGCGCCUGGGCUUCACUGUGACCAAGCAGCCUGUGCCGCUGGACAGUGAGAGCACCUCGUCCAAGCGAUUUAAUAUAUACGCAUAUUCUGCGGCGUCGCCCACUCCCAAGAUACUUCUGACCAGCCACAUUGAUACCGUUCCACCGUACAUCCCAUACUCCGUUUCGCUGCCACCCAACUCUACCAGUGCCACAGCGUCAUCCUUCAACCGGAGAGACAUCCGUAUCGCCGGCCGGGGCACGGUCGACGCCAAAGGGGCUGUUGCAAGCCAGGUCAUUGCCAUGCUCUCCUACCUCGCAGAUGACCCAACCGCCCCCCUGGGCCUCCUCUUUGUCGUCAGCGAAGAGACCGGUGGUCUGGGCAUGCGACACUUUUCUGAUUCCCCACUGAACACCUCGCCCCCAACCUUCCACACCAUCAUUUUUGGUGAGCCGACCGAAAAGAAGCUCGUAGCGGGCCACAAGGGCAUGCUCCACUUUACCGUCAAUGCACGUGGAAAAGCUGCCCACUCUGGAUACCCUUGGCUUGGUCAUAGCGCCAUCUCUGAGAUCCUACCGGUGCUUUCGAAGCUCGAUAAACUGGGCGAUAUCCCCGUAUCGGAAGGCGGCCUGCCCUCGAGUGACAAGUAUGGCAAGACAACCGUCAACAUCGGUGCCAUGCGUGGUGGAAUCGCCGCAAACGUCGUCCCGGCUAAUGCAUCCGCAAGUGUCACCGUGCGUCUCGCUGGUGGGACCCUAUCAGAGGCAAGGGAUAUUGUCUCUGCCGCAGUGCGUGCUGCUUCGAAUAACAGUGCAAAUGUUCGCCUUGAUUUCGUUGGUGGUGGCUAUCCGCCUGUGGAUUUAGAUGCUGAUGUUGUUGGGUUUGAUGUCAUCACUGUCAAUUAUGGAACGGAUGUGCCAAAUUUAAAAAUUCAUGAUGAGGGUCUGCCUGAGAACAAGAAGGUGAAGCGGUACCUGUAUGGGCCUGGCACCAUCUUUGUCGCCCAUGGAGAAAAUGAAGGAUUGACUGUAGGAGACCUUGAAGAUGCCACCGAAGGCUAUCGUAAGCUGAUCAAAGCCGCUAUGGAGAGGAAGAAAGAGUAA